AUGAUUGACACUUCAGCCGCGGCGCCCGAGCCGGAGCCCCCAGAGCUAGAGCGUGAGCGGCUGCGAGAGGAGUCCGGAGUCCGGGCUUGGGGCCGGCGAAGUCCGGGCUCGGAGGGAGGCAGGCAGGCAGGCAGGCAGGCGGCGACGGGCAGCCUCUUUGCACCGAGCUGCGAAGCGGGGAAGGGUACCCCCGAUUGGAAUAGCCCCCGGGGCCACCACGCACAAGGCUCCGCCAAGGAUUCCCCCAAGGCAAGUGGCGGAGAUCUGGCAGGGACCCAGCCCGGGGACCGCUCCGCCGAAGGCUCUCUGCAGGGACCCAGCCCGGGGCGCCGCCAAGUUCUCAGCUCUCCGGGGCUGAGCUGGAGAUCAAGCCGCCGGGCCGGAUCGGUGCCCGCUACUCAGCCUCGGACGGACCCCGGCAUUGGAGAAGGACCGAGGAGCUCCGAUCCUUGUAAAAGCCGCCCGGGAGGGCUGGGCGCCGUCGAGGGAGCGCUUGGCCGGGAGGAGAGAGACUCGGAGCCCAAGCAGAGGCGAGAGUCGAAUCGGGGUUGUUUUGCCAGCCCGCCCGAGGGCCUCGAUCCGUCCGCUCCGACCGCCGAGCCUGCCCGGGGAUCGAUCGCGGAGCCGCCCCGUCGGGCUCCGGGGGCCCCCCCCGCCAUGGCCGCAGCCCGCCCGGGGGCGCUCCCGCUGCUGCUGCUGCUGUUUUUCGGGCUGCCGGGCGGCUGCCGCGCUUUGGAAGAAACCCUGAUGGAUACAAAGUGGGUAACGUCUGAAUUGGCAUGGACGGCUCAUCCAGAGACUGGGUGGGAAGAAGUCAGCGGCUACGAUGAGGCCAUGAACCCAAUCCGGACCUACCAGGUGUGCAACGUGCGGGAGGGCAGCCAGAACAACUGGCUGCGCACCCAGUUCAUCCAGCGCCACGACAUCCAGCGCGUUUACGUGGAGCUCAAGUUCACCGUGCGGGACUGCAACAGUAUCCCCAACAUCCCGGGCUCCUGCAAAGAGACCUUCAACCUCUUCUAUUACGAGUCAGAUACAGACUCCGCCUCCGCCUCCAGCCCUUUCUGGAUGGAAAACCCGUACAUCAAAGUGGAUACAAUUGCCCCCGACGAGAGUUUCUCCAAGCUGGAAUCUGGCCGGAUGAACACCAAGGUGCGCAGCUUUGGACCUCUGUCCAAAAACGGCUUCUACUUGGCCUUCCAGGACCUGGGCGCGUGCAUGUCCCUCAUCUCGGUCCGGGCCUUCUACAAGAAGUGCUCCAGCACCACCGCCGGCUUUGCCAUUUUCCCCGAGACCCUGACCGGGGCGGAGCCCACCUCCCUGGUGAUUGCGCCGGGGACCUGCAUCCCCAACGCCGUGGAAGUAUCGGUACCCCUAAAGCUCUACUGUAAUGGCGAUGGAGAAUGGAUGGUCCCGGUGGGAGCUUGCACGUGCGCCGCGGGAUACGAGCCGGCCAUGAAGGAGACUCAGUGCCAAGCCUGUGGUCCAGGUUCCUUCAAGUCCAAGCAAGGGGAAAGUCUGUGCUCUCCCUGUCCCCCCAACAGCCGGACGACCUCUGGAGCGGCUACUCUCUGCACGUGCCGGAACAACUUUUUCCGAGCAGACACCGAUCCCCCUGACAGCGCCUGCACCAGUGUCCCGACAGCCCCGCGCAGCGUCAUUUCCAACGUGAACGAGACCUCUCUGGUGCUGGAGUGGGGCGAGCCGCGGGACUCGGGCGGCCGGGACGACCUGCUUUACAACGUCAUCUGCAAGAAAUGCAGCGUGGAGCGCCGGCUGUGCAUGCGCUGCGACGACAACGUGGAGUUCGUCCCCCGCCAGCUGGGCCUGACCGAGAGGCAGAUCUACAUCAGCAACCUCAUGGCCCACACCCAGUACACCUUUGAGAUCCAGGCCGUGAACGGCGUCUCCAGCAAGAACCCCCAAAACCCUCAUUUUGCAUCGGUAAACAUCACGACCAACCAGGCAGCUCCCUCGGCGGUUCCCACAAUGCACCUGCACGGCAGCACGGGGAGCAGCAUGACUCUGUCCUGGGAGCCCCCAAAACAGCCCAACGGGAUCAUCCUGGACUAUGAGAUAAAGUACUUUGAGAAGCAGGGCCAGAGUGACGGCAUCGCCAACACCGUCACGAGCCAGAAGAACCUGGUGCGGUUGGAAGGCCUGAAGCCAAAUGCUGCUUAUGUGGUGCAGGCGCGGGCGCGCACGGUGGCCGGCUACGGCCAGUACAGCCACCCGAUGGAGUUUAGGACCCCGGUGGAGAACGGGUCCAGCAGCAAGAGCUUCCAAGAGCUGCCUCUCAUUGUAGGGUCGGCCACCGCCGGUCUCGUCUUUGUGAUUGCUGUAGUGGUGAUCGCCAUUGUCUGUUUCAGGAAACAGCAAAACAACGCAGACUCGGAGUACACGGAGAAGCUGCAGCAGUAUAUCACCCCUGGGAUGAAGGUCUACAUCGACCCUUUCACUUACGAGGACCCCAACGAAGCUGUCCGGGAGUUCGCCAAGGAAAUCGACAUUUCUUGCGUGAAGAUCGAGGAGGUGAUUGGAGCAGGAGAAUUCGGGGAAGUCUGCCGGGGCCGUCUGAAGCUGCCAGGACGCCGGGAGAUUUUUGUGGCCAUCAAGACGCUGAAAGUGGGCUACACCGACCGGCAGAGGCGAGACUUCCUGAGUGAGGCCAGCAUCAUGGGGCAGUUCGAUCACCCCAACAUCAUCCACCUGGAGGGCGUCGUCACCAAGAGCCGGCCGGUCAUGAUCAUCACAGAGUUCAUGGAGAACUGCGCCCUCGACUCGUUCUUGCGGCUCAACGAUGGGCAGUUCACGGUGAUUCAGCUGGUGGGGAUGCUGCGGGGCAUCGCAGCCGGCAUGAAGUAUCUCUCGGAGAUGAACUACGUGCACCGAGACCUGGCUGCCCGCAACAUCCUGGUCAACAGCAACCUGGUGUGCAAAGUGUCUGACUUCGGGCUCUCGCGCUUCUUGGAGGACGACCCCUCAGAUCCCACCUACACCAGUUCACUGGGCGGCAAGAUCCCAAUCCGGUGGACAGCACCGGAAGCCAUCGCCUACCGCAAGUUCACUUCCGCCAGCGACGUGUGGAGCUACGGGAUCGUCAUGUGGGAGGUGAUGUCGUACGGCGAGAGGCCGUACUGGGACAUGUCCAACCAAGACGUGAUCAACGCCGUGGAACAGGAUUACCGCCUCCCUCCCCCCAUGGACUGCCCCACGGCGCUGCACCAGCUCAUGCUGGACUGCUGGGUGCGCGACCGCAACCUCCGGCCCAAGUUUGCACAGAUCGUCAACACGCUCGACAAGCUCAUCCGCAACGCCGCCAGCCUGAAAGUCAUCGCCAGCGUGCAGUCCGGCGUGUCUCAGCCUCUCCUGGACCGCACCGUGCCGGAUUACACGACCUUCACCACUGUGGGAGACUGGCUGGAUGCCAUCAAAAUGGGACGGUACAAGGAGAAUUUUGUCAACGCCGGCUUCGCCUCCUUCGACCUGGUGGCCCAAAUGACAGCUGAGGACUUGCUCAGGAUAGGCGUGACGCUAGCGGGACACCAGAAGAAGAUUCUUAGCAGCAUACAGGACAUGAGGUUACAAAUGAACCAAACGCUGCCCGUUCAGGUUUGACCGCCGAGGACUCUGGGUUUUUGGAAUGGACCUGCUGAGGGGAAACCUCUCCCUAGGAUUCUAGUUUGCAGUGCCGCCCGGCUGCCCAAGUUGGCAGGAAGGGGGAGUCCGUCCCUCCUCCCUCCCUGCCACUCCCUUAUGUUCGCGUGGAGCUCUUUGUCGUGUCGAGAGACCUGUGGUGGAACGGACUAGGAGGAAGCCUAGCUGGAUUCAAGGCACUCAGGGCGUGGAGGGGCAAGAAGGUGCCCUGCCCUUCUGUUUUGUGACGGCAUCCUCCAGACGAUGCGCCGGCGAUGCAGAAUCUUCAUAUUGAAGAUGGAUUAACGGGCGGGGGAGGCUUGGACUCCCUCCCAGCCUCCUCCCCCUUUCUCCCAGCUCUGCCGUUCACCUUCUGCAUCGGCCUCCAGCGGUGCCACUCAUUUGGGCUUCCUUAACUCGGCACCGAUGCCAGAUCUCGGGCUGCCUCCCGCCU